CGCCACGCUGUCCGUCGUCCGACGCUGCCGCUCUACACACGAGUGUACCGACCGACACAGCGUAUUAUUUUUUUUUUUUACGAGUGUUAUUGCCGUCGUCGGUGGCGAACAACGGCGGUUUUCGCGUCUUCGCGUACUCUCCAAAUCAGUGUCGCGUAAUAGCGUCCGGUCGUGUCCUCUGCACGCCGAACGACCAAACCGGACGUAAAUCGACAUCGUUGAGCCGCCCUACCCUCCCGAAAAAAAAAAAAAAAACGAUCGUUUCAAAAAUUAUCGUUGUCGAUCGAUAGCCGUCGAUCCGUCAUCGUCGUGUCAUCGUUAUCGCUGCUGUUAUUAUUUUCGUUAUUAUCAUCGUUACGCGUACAUCUACCUACGACAUACGUGUACGAUUCCGUGUCGUGGCACAGCGUGUCGCCAACAGACGCACGGCCGGUGACGCCGAUGCGGCCGUGCGUACGGACCUCGCGCGGUUCGUGACCGCGUCCCGGUGACGGCGAUUACUGCGCGAACGCUACGAGAUGUGGCCGCGUCCACUGUCGCGCCGGUGGUGUGGUCGUCGGUGGUGAUGUCGGCCGUCGACACGAUGUUGAUGACGAUGGGCGGUGGCGCCGGACCGUGUUGGCUACAACUGAUUGCCGUCGUGUGGUCGGUGCACGUGUUGGACGACUCGUCGACGGCGGUCGCCGCGUUACCACCUGUUAUACGAAUCGGGGCUAUUUUCACUCAAGAAGACAAAGACAGUACUACAGAGGUAGCAUUCAAAUACGCUGUAUACAGGAUAAAUAAAGAUAAAGCAAUCUUGCCAAAUACAACGCUUGUAUACGAUAUUGAAUAUGUUUCUCCACACGACAGCUUCAAAGCUUCUAAAAAAGUAUGCCGUCUAUUGGAGAGUGGCAUACACGCGAUAUUCGGGCCAUCCGACAGUCACUUGGCCAGUCACAUAGUGUCCAUCUGCGAGUCUGUCAGCAUGCCUCUACUGCUGACUAUUGCGGACCGCGUCACGGACUUGAACAGACGGCACUUCGUCACGGACAUGUUUCCUGCACGUGAGCACCUCGGACAAGCUUUCAGGGACCUUAUCAAUUUCCUGAGCUGGACGAAAAUCGCGAUCGUGUACGACGACGAAGAAGGUUUACUGCUGGUACAGAAUCUAAUGAAAAUGUCAAAAAUUGACUUUUAUGUUCGACAAGUGGAUCAGCACACGCAUAGGCAAGUGAUGAGAGAAAUUAAAGAUAAACAUAUUUUCAACAUUAUCGUUGACGUUCACCCACGCAACAUAAACGGAUUUUUCAGAUCUAUACUUCAACUGCAGAUGAACGACUUCCGCUAUCAUUUUCUCUUCACUACAUUCGACCUCGAGACAUUUGAUCUGGAAGAUUUUAAAUACAACUCCGUGAACAUAACAUCAUUCAGAAUAGUUGAUGACGAAAACCACCGCGUGGUCAACGUCCUGCGCGAGAUGGAAAGAUUUCAGAGGGUCGGACAAAAUAUGUUGCACAAGAGUGGAAUCAUCAGGGCCGAACCUGCGUUGAUGUACGACGCGGUCAAUGUGUUUGCUCACAGUAUCGGAUCGCUGGACGGGUCGUCGAAUUCAAUGCAGUCGUCAAACGUUUCGUGUAAGUCGUCAGACCGUUGGGCGAACGGUACAUUUCUGUACAAUCGACUUAAUGCGGUGAGCAUCGAAGGCCUGACCGGCAAAAUUCACUUUGACGAGGGAAGACGAUCGGAUAUCAAGCUAGACUUACUAAAAUUACACCAAGAGAAAGUAAAAAAAGUCGGCUUUUGGACUCCAUCGAAUGGCAUCAACAUCACAAAACAUUCCGUAUUUUACGGACACCAGAGCUCAAACGUGACGUUGAUCGUGGUCACAAGAGUCGAAAAACCUUACGUAAUGAUCAAAGAGGACAAAAACCUAACGGGAAAUUCAAAAUACGAAGGAUUUUGUAUUGAUUUACUACAUAGAAUAGCAUCACAAGUUGGAUUUCAUUAUGCAAUUACAUUAGUACCUGACAAUAAAUAUGGAGCUUACGAUCCCAUUACUAAACAAUGGAAUGGUAUUGUUAGAGAACUAAUGGACAAGAAAGCAGACUUAGCUAUGGGUUCGAUGACUAUUAACUAUGCUCGUGAGAGUGUUGUUGACUUCACUAAGCCAUUUAUGAACAUGGGAAUAGGCAUAUUAUUCAAGGUUCCAAGUAAUGAACCAUCCAAAUUGUUCGCUUUCUUAAAUCCCUUAGCGACCAGUGUCUGGAGCUUUAUGUUUCUCGCCUAUAUGGCAGUAAGUUUUUCGCUAUUUUUUCUGGCCAGAUUCUCCCCGUACGAAUGGCGGCCACAUACUGAAGAAAAUUACCGCGAGAGCCGCUUUACCAUUUCGAAUUGUUUUUGGUUCGUCGCUGGCGUAUCAUUGAAACAGGAUGCAGGCAUUACUCCAAAGGCAACAUCCGCUAGAAUUUUAGGAGGCAUUUGGUGGUUUUUCACAAUCAUAAUAAUACCAUCUUACACUGCUAACUUAACAGCAUUAAGAACAGUUGAGCGGCUACAAAAACCCAUACAAAAUGUUGCGGAAUUAUCAUCGCAAGAAAAAAUAACAUACGGAACACUAGAAGGAGGAUCGACUAUGUCAUUUUUUAGAGACUCCAAAAUACCAAUAUAUCAAAAAAUGUGGAAAUUUAUGGAUAAACAUCAAUCGGUAUUUGUAUCUACUUACGACGAAGGCACAAAAAAAGUACUAGGGGGGAACUAUGCAUUUUUAAUGGAAUCAACUAUGAUAGAUUAUGCCGUACAAAGAGAUUGUAAUUUAACGCAAAUCAGCGGCCUUCUAGAUUCUAAAGGUUACGGAAUAGCAACGCCGAAAGGUUCGGUCUGGAGAGACAAACUAUCAUUAGCUGUUUUAGAACUCCAAGAAAAAGGAGUCAUUCAAAUGUUAUAUGAUAAAUGGUGGAAAAAUGCAGCCGAUAUAUGUAUCAAAGAUGAGAAAGUAAAAGAAUUCAAACCAAAGCCUUUAGAUCUUAAUGAUUUAGGUGGAGUGUUUGUAUUUGUCUUGUGUGGGCUAACUGUAGCUGUCAUCAUAGCAAUAUUAGAAUUCUGCUGGUAUUCCAAGAAAAAGUCAACAGAUCAACAACUACCUGUUUGUACGGAAAUGGCAGAAGAACUAAGAUAUGCAAUACGGUGUGAUGGUACCAAACACAAAGCAACGUUAAAACGAACGUGUAAUGGCUGCUCACCUAUCACUACAUACGUACCAGCUCCACUGCAUAUAAAUCAUGUUACCAGUCAAAUUGACAAUGUUCCUAUGGUUGAACUAACGAGGCCUUCGAUCAGCAUAGACCAUGAAGACAAAUAACAUUUACCUUCCGAUUCGCCAUCGUUACAUCCAGCGAGUCGGAGUCCAUUCAAAAAUGUCCAAUUUCGAUUCCAUUGAAUCUCAAAAUCCAUUAAGAGACAAAAUAAACUGCCUAUAAAUUAAGAUCUACGUUUUUGAACCAUACCAUAAACGGAUAGUUACUAGAUCUAAAUAAAAAUUGUACAUAAAUUGUUAUUCCAUACAUUUUAUUUUAUAUAUUUAUGUGAAACAAACAA